AGAAAAUGAGUGCAUGUAAACAUAGCUAAUGGAGACUAUAGGGCGUGAACUACAGAUUGUUAUAUUGAAACGCACCUUGCAUGCCGCCGAACCGCGAGAGGGUGCUACUGAUUAUUUUCCACCAAUGUUCUCGCAGAGAGGAGUAUUAAAGCGCCGAGUUACUUCGCGGGAAAAGGGAGAGAGAAGCAGAGCUGCCGAGUAUAAAAUCCAUGUUGGACAGAAGGAGCUGAACCUGCACGGAGUUUUCGGGAACAAGUACAGACAGGAAGUUUACGAAAAGACCAAGAACCUGCUCUUUAACGGGACCCGAGCGGUAAUGGGACGGAUUUGGAAGGUGGACGCGGAGGAGAAGUGCGCUGAUGUGGGUGCGUGUAAUAAGGGUGAUGUGACUCCUGCAAAUAAUCAGCUGCUACUCAAAGGGCAGACUCUGAUUGGGCUGGAUGGGAAACUGAAGAAAGCCAAGGCAGUUUCAGGCAGCGUGACCGCUCCAGCCGUGUGUGCUGUGUGUCACAGGACAUCAGGAGUGAGGACGGCGUGCUCUCGGUGUGAUCGCCCUGCGUGUCCCACCUGCACUCAGCAAUGCAGCAGCUGUUCCAGCCGCUGCUGCUCCGUCUGCACCAUCACCGAUUACACCGAUCGCUAUGACAAAGUCCUCUGCUGUAGCUGCUCGUCAUGAUGCGAUGGAUGCCGAGACGGACUGGACUGGUUGUUGGAGGAACGGAGUGGAUGAAAUGUCUUUUUGUAUUUUGCUUGUAAUAAACUGUAGCGCAUUCCACACUGUAAAUGAAUUUUAUAUACCUUUUACACAUAUAUAAUCGAGUGUUUGUGUACAUAUGUAUUUUUUUUUUAAUCAUUGAAAUAAAUACCUGAACAACUUGUUUGUUUUACUUUGUA